AGUGGGAAUAAUAGGUCGAGAAGGUGAAGAUAGCAUAAAAAUACAAGGGAAGGUUCCUUGGAAGCCAGGUUGUACAUUUUGACCAAGCUGGUUAGAGUAUUAUAAAAACACACCACCAUUCUCAAUUCCCUCACUUCACUGCUCAUCUCACUUUGCUUAUUAGUCCCCACUGUUCCACUUCUCCAACCAAACCAAACCCCCUUUUACUAAUUAAACUUCUUCCUUUAAUUUUCUUCUUCUCAAAUUAUAUUCUUCCUACUCAAAUUAUGCCUGCUGCUGCUGUCAUAUCUGAAACCAAUACUCAUCAAAAAUUUCUUCUUAUGGGCAAAGAUAAUAAUAACGCCCCUUCUAUCUCGUUCCGAAGGUUGGAGGGAAAAGUUGCAAUAGUAACGGGUGGAGCAAGAGGAAUAGGAGAAGCAACGGUUAAACAAUUUGUAAAGCACGGCGCUAAGGUGGUAAUUGCGGACGUAGAAGAUGCACUAGGUAAAGCAUUGGCAGAUUCUCUUGCUCCUUCCACCACCUUCGUCCACUGCGACGUCAGCAACGAAGACGACGUUUGCAACAUGGUAGACACGGCCGUGUCACAGUUUGGCAGACUAGACAUACUCUUUAAUAACGCUGGUGUGUUAGGGUCACAAACAAAGUCUAAUAAAAGCAUACUCAAUUUUGACCCUGAUGAGUUUGACCGCAUCAUGUCGGUCAACGUUAAGGGUAUGGCCUUAGGGAUCAAACACGCUGCCCGUGUUAUGAUGCCACGGGGUGGUGGUUGCAUUAUCUCAACCUCGAGCGUGGCGGGCUUCAUGGGCGGUAUGGGCCCCCACGCCUACACAGCGUCAAAACAUGCCAUCGUGGGGCUAACAAAGAACACGGCGUGUGAGUUGGGCCGGUUCGGGAUUCGAGUUAAUUGUAUAUCACCCUUUGGAGUUGCCACUUCUAUGCUUAUCAAUGCUUGGAGAAGUGACGACGAAGACGAAGAUGAUGAGAUGGAGUUGGGGUUGCCAUGUGAGAAAGAAGUUGAGAAAACGGAGGAGUUUGUGAGAGGAUUAGCAACACUUAAAGGCGCUACUUUGAAAGCCAAAGACAUAGCCGAGGCUGCACUUUAUCUUGCAAGCGAUGAGUCUAGGUAUGUUAGUGGUCAUAAUCUUGUUGUUGAUGGUGGAUUUACUACCUCCAAAAACUGUGUUGGCUUGUGACCAAUACCACCAUUUUUUUUCUUCUUUUCGUAGUUUUUCUUCCUUAAAUUCAAAAUUGAAAAAAAAAAAAAAAUCUAAAUUUUUAUAGUGUGGAUACAAUGUUUACACGUUAAUUUAGUGUAAAGUUGUCACAAUCUAUUUAUUAAAAACUUGGUGUGUUGUACCAAAUAUGUUUGUGUUCU